AUGAAACGCAGCCCAAUCAACCAUGAUGCCGCAGGGGGAUCAGAGGAAUCUUGGAUCAAGAUGGCGCAAAGCUUCGCCUCUGUCGGAGGCUCCACCGUGCAAACGGCUCCGGCUCCCCAACAUCAACAAGCCCCCCCUGCCAAGUCAGCUGAUGCUCUCAAAUUUGCACUUCCUAUACCUCCUCCUCUGAGUCAGGCGGAUGAUGCAGCUGCUGAGGAUGCCCUCCAUGGCUCUAACUCACCAGCAGCCCAAGAGUCUCCAGGCCAGCUGUCCGUUCCUGCAAAUUCAUCAGGGCCACCUGCCCCAUCUACACCCCCGACGGCUGAGAAUCGAGUUCAGCGGUCAAUGAAUUCCAAAGAGGACGAAGCUAUGGAGGAGGCGAGCUCUUCUCCUCCUCCUCCUCCUCCUCCUGCUCCUGUGCCAGGGCCAGAAGAUGCAGGAGGUCCUCCAACCGGUGAAAAGACGUCAGAAGAAGUGUGGAGCAGUCUUGUGAACUUUGCCAGUGGCCUCUGGCAAGAUCUGAAAAUGCCUUCGCAAGGAAUAGAAGGAGGCGAUGAGUUAGUCGCUGAUUCCAAAUCGAGCGGGCAGGUGCAGGCUACUUACACAAAGGAUGUGGAGAGCUAUGUAGAGGAACAUGUGGUGUGGACAGAAAUAAACGAUAAGGACCCGGGAGAAUCUGCACUGGUUGCCGGGGUCUCAAAAGGACUGGGAGGUGGUCAAAUUCGCCCCAUGGAGAUCGUGGAGCAGUCGGCGGUGAUGGCGAAGCCGGAACAAGAGCCAGAGCAACUUGUUGGGGUGCGCAGCAAGCUAGGAGCCUCCGCUCCUGCCGAGCAGAAGCUCGAGAGCAGAGAAGACAAGAAUCAAACUCUACCAGAGGGAAAAGACGCGAAGAAACAGCAAGAGAGCCAGGCCAAAGGGAAGAAAGCAGAUACCGACAAGGUGGAAGACUCCAGUGACAAGAACGAAGGGGUUCCGUUGGCAUUAGAACACGUCGGAGAGCAAGCCAGCGAACACGAUGUGAAGCACAACGGUGGCGAUGAUCUCAAGUCAAAGAAAGAUUCAUCGCAGAAGACGACAAAGAAGAAGACUGGAUGUUUCCCCUCCUUCUCCUUGUUCCGCAAGAAGGCCAAGGAGGCGGUGCGGGAGAUCGAGGUCGUGGAAGAGGAGCCGGUCAGGGGUUUCCCUUACAUUAGAAUACUCAUGGAGUUCGGAUCGCAAGUGCCCAGGAAUUCCUUGACAGCGGACGAGACGUCCGAGCGAGUCGCGCAAGUCAUCGGGGCGGGCGCGGGCAACGUGAUGGCAUGUCGGCACCUCAAGUCCGGCGUCGUUGCUGAGAUCCUGGUGAAGAAGGGAGUUUGUGGGGGUAUGACAUCCCUGGAAGCUUUGCAGUUGCUGGAGAAGAAGGUCAAGACUGGGGAUAAGACGCUGGGGAACGAGGUCUUCGAGGACCUCCUCUACAACGUCGUCACCUGGCCCGCUAUCAUCGACGCUUCAGUGAGGGUGCAGGAGAUUCAGGUGGAGAACGGGCAGGAGCUGGACACGCAGUACGCGCGAGCAGACUUUUUCUUCGACAUGGAUUUCCAGGAAGUCUACGGGGUCGAGCAGGACAUUAUGGGCGACCUCCAUGAUACCAUCGUGUUAGCACUGUCGGCCGACGCCAACAAGCUCUGGGUGGCUGGGCUGAGGCCCACCAGCAACUUAGUCGAGAUGGUGCUGGAGAGGGGAGAGGCGGGCAAGCUCGCGAUGUCAGAGGUGGUGGAAAAGUUGUCGAGGGUGGUUCCGGAUGGGGCGAGGAAGGAGGAGCAGGAGCAGGAGGAUCAAACUUUCAAGGAGUGCAAGAGAGUUGUGUGCUGGGAGUCGAACUCGAUGGGGUUCUUCGAGAAGGCGAGAAGGUCGCCAGAGGACUCGGCGAAGGAGCCGGUGGACGUCGGGGGCAUGAGCGAGGGCCUGGUGUUGAGCCAGGACAAGAAUAUUCAGAUCGAUGAGUUCGACGAGGAGGCCCAGCUUGAUGAGGAGGAGAGUCCUCGUCCUCCUGAAAAGAAAUCAGCGACGGACGUCUGGGACGGGAGGCGAUGGCUGAAGAUGAGAGAUUCUUUCAUCCUCAAUGGCAGGUGGGAGCGAAGACUGGCAGAGGACAGCAAAGAAUUCUUCUACAACGACGAGCUCGGGCUGCUCACCACGAGUCUCCCGAAGAGCAGGGCGAUCUACUUCUACGAAAAGGGCAAGGCGUUCUAUGCUCGCAAGGAGUUUCACUACGCCCUCGCCAACUUCCGGCUCUCGAGGAAGGAGCAGGACCAGCUCGUCGCUGCCGCCAAGGAGGAGCCCAUGUGCUUCGCCCAGGCGGUGCAGGCGCGAGCGAAAUGCCGAUGGCUAGACCGCUACAUGCAGAACUGCUUGAGUCUCACCACAGAGGCCGAACAGGAGAGACAGCACGCCAUCCUCUACAACAAGGGCGUCACCUUCCUCUGCGCCAACAACCCUCUCCGUGCUCGGGAAAUCUUCAAGGAGCUCGAGGCCUCUGCUGGACUCGACUAUCGGGAGCUGCGGCAGCUGCUCAAGGAGUUGGACUCCGACAAAUUCAACAGAGCUCAGAAGAAACCGGUUUGA